AUGAAGUACUUCCAGGCUGUUUCCAUCUUCGCUGCCCUUUCCGGCCUCACAUCCGCUGCGCCGGCAGCUGAGUCUCGCCAAUUCAAGGCGAUCGUCACCUUUACCGGUGCUGCCGCUUCCUACACCCUCCAGGUACCCACUGAUGGUUCUCUCUUCCAGACGAACAACGACCUUGCGGUCGAUCUCAUAAGCUCGCAAGGCGGGGCGACUUGCUCUUUCUUCGGAAUCGAUGGGGCUUCCGUUACCAUUGUCGGUGCUAACAGUGCCACUGUCGCCCCACCCCAGGCGAUCGAGAGUGGCAGCUGUCGGGCAUUUUAA